ACAAAGAUGGCGGGCUGAGCGGGAGCUUGGCCCCGGUCGGCGGCUCGUCAGUGGGGGCGCGGGGCGGGCGGUUUACCUCAGAAAAUCCACCGAGACCCCGAGCGCCGCGGCGAGACGGCGUCGUGCACGGCGAAUUAGGGAGGAGAGGUCGAUCCGAGCAUGUCGGCGGUGGAGGAGCGGGAACCGGCGCCCGCCGCUUCCUCGGCGGCCGGAGGAGGAGGCGGCGGCGGCGGCGGCGGCGGGGCGAUGAUGAUGGCGGCGGCGGCGGCGGCGGCCUCGGGCCCGCCCGACUCCCUCCACCACAACACCGCCUCCAACCCGGCGCAGGAGACCAACCGGCCGCAGCUGGAGGAAGGGCCGAGCUCGAAGAAACGGGCCCGGCUGGAGGCCGAGUCGGCCGGCGGCUCGGCUUCGGGCUCGGCGGCGGCGGGCUCGGCGGGCGGCGCCAAGGCGGCGAGUGAGAACAAGCUGGAGGAGAGGCUGUACUCGGUGCUGUGCUGCACCGUCUGCCUGGACCUGCCCAAGGCGUCCGUCUACCAGUGCACGAAUGGUCACUUGAUGUGUGCAGGCUGUUUCAUUCACCUGCUGGCUGAUGCCAGGCUGAAGGAGGAGCAGGCCACCUGCCCGAACUGCCGCUGCGAGAUCAGCAAGAGCCUGUGCUGCAGGAACCUGGCCGUGGAAAAGGCGGUGAGCGAGCUUCCCAGCGAAUGCGGCUUCUGCCUGAAGCAGUUCCCACGCUCCAUUCUCGAGAGGCACCAGAAGGAGGACUGCCAGGACAGGGUGAUGCAGUGUAAAUACAAGCGAAUUGGAUGCCCUUGGCAGGGACCAUUCCAUGAGCUGACUGCUCACGAGGGAGAAUGUGGCCACCCCACCAAGACCGGCAAUGAGCUGAUGGAAAUCCUGGACGAAAUGGACCAAAACCACAAGAAGGAGAUGCAGCUUUACAACAGCAUUUUCAACCUACUUAGCUUUGAAAAGAUAGGAUACACAGGAACCGAUUUCUGCAGUCAGACAUGUCACAAAAAAGAAGUCCAGUUCAGGCCCUACCGAACGGACGACUUCAUCACCAGACUGUACUACGAGACGCCCCGCUUCACCGUGCUCAACCAAACGUGGGUGCUGAAGGCACGCGUCAACGACUCGGAACGCAACCCCAACCUGUCCUGCAAGCGCACCCUCUCAUUCCAGCUCAUCCUGAAGAGCAAGGUCAACUCUCCGAUGGAGUGCUCCUUCCUCCUCCUGAAAGGUCCCUACGACGAUGUCAAAAUUAACCCGGUCAUCUACCACUUCGCUUUCACCAACGAGAGCAAUGAAACAGACUACUUGCCGCUGCCUAUCAUAGACUCAGUCGAAUGCAACAAACUGCUCGCGGCCAAAAACAUUAACCUGAGGCUCUUUAUAUUUCAGAUACAGAAGUAA